AUGGUGCUUCUCCGUGGGGUUCCUGUGUUUAUCCUGGCAACGCUGCUGCACUGGACUCAUGGCAUCCGCGACCCAAUUCCUACAGAAAAGCUUCUUGUCCUUACUGUGGCCACACAAGAGACUGAUGGCUUCCUUCGAUUCAUGCAGUCAGCAAAUUAUUUCAAAUAUUCUGUAAAGGUGUUGGGGAUGGGUGAAGAAUGGAAAGGAGGAGAUGUGGGAAACUCGAUUGGUGGAGGACAGAAAGUCAGACUCCUCAAGGAGUCUAUGGAGGCUCUGGGUGACCAAGAGGACCUGGUGAUCCUCUUUGUGGACAGUUAUGACCUUGUCUUUGCUGGAAGCCCAGAAGAGAUUCUGAGAAAGUUCCAGCAGACCAAUCAUAAGGUGGUUUUUGCUGCAGAGGGUGUGAUCUGGCCAGAUGCACACCUGGCAGAGAAGUACCCAUAUGUCCCCAGUGGAAAACGCUUCCUCAACUCUGGAGGCUUUAUGGGCUAUGCCUCGUACAUACAUAAAAUGGUGAUGCAGUGGCAGCUACACGACAACGAUGACGACCAGCUCUUUUACACCAAAAUCUACUUGGAUCCGCUAAAGAGGGAAAGUCUUAAUAUGACUUUGGACCACAAGUGCCAGAUAUUUCAGAAUCUAAAUGGAGCAGUGGAUGAAGUUUUGCUGAAAUUCGGUACAGAGCGGGUUCGAAUCAGGAACACCAUCUAUGACAGCCUUCCAGUGGUCAUCCAUGGAAAUAUAAACACUAAAAUUUACUUGAACUACUUGGCUAAUUAUGUCCCAAAUGCCUGGACCUAUGAGCGAGGCUGUACUAUUUGUGACCAAGACAUGUUGGAUUUGUCUCAACUCCCGGAAUAUCCCAGAGUGACAAUUGGAGUGUUUAUCGAGCAGCCCACCCCCUUUCUGCCGGAGUUUCUCCAGCGGAUCCUAGGACUGGAUUAUCCCAAAGAUAAAGUGGAUUUGUUCUUUCACAACAAUGAGGUUUACCAUGAGAAGCACUUGCAGGCUUUUUGGGAGAAGAACAAGGAUGUAUUUCACGGUUUUAAAGUUGUCGGUCCUGAAGAGAACUUGAGCCAAGGAGAAGCAAGAAACUUGGGCAUGGAUCAGUGUCGGAGGAAUCCUGAGUGUGGGUACUACUUCAGCAUAGACGCUGAUGUCAUGCUAACCAACAGACAGACACUAAAGCUACUCAUAGAGCAAAACAGAAAAAUAAUUGGCCCUCUGGUCACCCGUCAUGGCAAACUGUGGUCCAACUUCUGGGGCGCUCUAAGCUUGGAUGGGUAUUAUGCACGAUCUGAGGACUACAUCGACAUUGUACAGGGAAAGUGUGUCGGGGUGUGGAACAUUCCCUACAUGGCACAUGUUUACCUUGUAAAGGGUGAGGUUUUGAGAAACGAGCUGAAGGAGAGGAACGUUUUUGUCCUUGAGAGGCUGGACCCUGACAUGGCGCUGUGUAGAAACUCCCGGGAGCUGACAAUACACAGAGAAAAAGACUCUCCUUCACCGGAAUCAUUCCAUAUGCUCAGGCCUCCAAAGGGAGUUUUUAUGUACAUUACAAACCGCCAUGAGUUUGGGAGGCUUAUAUCUACAGCCAACUACAACACAUCCCACUUGAACAAUGACCUUUGGCAAAUAUUUGAGAACCCAGUGGACUGGAGAGAGAAGUAUAUCCACCGCAACUACACCCGGAUCUUCACAGAGAACAAUCUGGAACAGCCCUGUCCAGAUGUCUUCUGGUUUCCUGUCCUGUCUGAGCAAGCCUGUGAUGAGCUGGUAGAGGAGAUGGAGAACUUUGGUACUUGGUCGGGUGGAAAACAUGAUGACAAACGCAUUACUGGGGGCUAUGAGAGUGUCCCCACUGACGACAUCCACAUGACGCAGAUCGAAUACGAAAAGGAAUGGCUGCACUUCAUCCGAGAGUUCAUCUCACCCGUCACGCUGAAAGUUUUCUCUGGAUAUUACACCAGGGCUUAUGCUAUUAUGAACUUUGUGGUAAAGUACACUCCAGACAGACAGGCAUAUCUGAAACCCCACCAUGACUCCUCCACCUUUACCAUAAACAUAGCCCUUAAUCACAAAGGACAAGACUUUCAGGGUGGGGGCUGCAGAUUCCACAGGUAUAACUGCUCUAUAGAGUCUCCAAGGAAAGGCUGGAGUUUUAUGCAUCCUGGUAGACUGACCCAUCUUCAUGAAGGACUACCCACCACCCAUGGCACCCGCUACAUUGCAGUGUCCUUUAUUGACCCUUAACCUUCCUGUCUGACUGGGACGUGUGUUUGUGUGUCUGUGAGCCCGUAUUGUUGACACUUGGAUUUUGAAUUUUCUAAAAAAAGUUUGGAUUGACAUUUUCUCAUGGAUUUUACUGCUGUGAGAAAAGCAAAAGUUCAACAGAGACCAAAGGGAAAAAGGUGCUGGGGGAAAAAAUGAUUUACUUUCCUCCACAUCAUUUUUUGAAAAUAGUUUUGUUUAGAUUUUCCAGGAGCAAAAAAAAAAAAGAAUAAAAAAGAAAAAAACCCUGCUGAUGAGUUCAUGCUGUUUAUAAGGCAGUCAUUUCUUCUUUCUAUAAUUUAUUGCACAUCAUAGAUCAGAAAAUGACAACAGAAUUUUAUUGUAAUUAUGGUUCCUCAUCAAACUUUAGUUUGAAAGAUUUUUACUUGAAGUUCUGGUUUUCUAAAUGAGCUACUUGAGCUUAGUUGUAUUAAAAUUCUUAUGUCAAAUAAUAUUCACCAUUAAAAUGGUACCAGGAAUAAGACUGAGCUUGGGGUCUAAAAACUAGUCCAAGUUUAGUACUGUAAACCUAAGCUGAAAAUACAGUUGAUUUUAUAGUUCAGUUUAUGUAACCAUGGUUUUGUAGAUAUUGGGCAUCUCACUGAAAGUUUCACUGAAAGUUUUUCCUUGUAAUAAAAUGUUGAGCCUCAGCCACAUUCAUCGGUUUUAACUUAUUUGAAAAUGUAAAAAAAUGAA